CCACUGAUGCGCUUCCAUCUGGGCAGGCAAGGCCGGCCCCUGAGAGCGAGGUCCUCCACUGACGUCCCUGCAGGUCCUGUGGCUCCCGGGGAUUGGCCACAGCCCAAAGAGCAGCAAGACUCACAGAGACACAGCGUCCAUGGAUGCACAGGCGCUGAGGAAGAGGCUCAGCCGUACCAGUGGGGAGGCGGCCCGCACCCUCCUGAGUAGCCUUCUGCUCUAUGUCCUGGACCGUGCCGAAGGGCCCCCGCAGGCUGAGAACGGGGAGCACAGGGCCAGCUGCUCCGCCCUGCCCCAAGAGGCCAGUCGGCGGCCCACACGCUUCCAGCUCCUGCAGGCCAAGUUCAUGGGCAGGGGCCGGGAGCCCCCACUGAAGAGGACCCGGGAGGUGGGCCGGCUCAUCUCCAAGGACAGGCAGGGGCCCAGCCGGAGCUUUGUGAACGCCACCAUCAACAAGCUGCUGGAGAAGGCAGGGGAGGCCAGCGGCCCCAGCCAGAGGCCUGCAGCCCCAGAGAAGCCCCGCUGGGGCGGCACAGGCGGAAAGAGCACCGUGAAGAACAUUCUGAAGAAGUUCCUGGCUGCAGAGGAGAGGGAGGCCAAGGAGAAGGAAGUACAUGAGCGCCCCACUGGCCUGAGGCCUGGAGCCACCAGGGGCCCCCUGUCAAAGGUGGCUGGCCGAAGCACCAUCCUGGCCAAGCUGCGGGAGAGGUUCGAGCAGAGCGGCUGCCUCCACGCCGAGGUCAAGGUGCUGCCACUGCACAAGGAGGACCGGAGGAGCCGGGCCCUGCAGAGGAGGAUGCACCGGCCAGAGGUCCGCGUGCUCCACAUGGCCGCCAUGGCCAUCAGCUGCACCAGGACACCCCCUGCCCGCUUUCUGGCCUGCACAGCUGAACCCCUGCCGUCCCUCAGCAUCGCCACCGUGGUGGGCAGCCCCCACAGCUGGCUGUCCCGCUGUGCCAAGAUCAGUCACUUGGAUGCCAGGCGUCAGGCCAGGACAGAAGCCAGCCUGUACCCCAGCUUGGGGCACACAGAGCCUGGUGGGAAUGAAACCCCGGGAGUGGGCAUCCUGAGCGGGGAUCCCAGAGGACAGUGGAAGCCUUCAGAGUCCUCUGUGCCCCAGGCCAUGGCUCUGUGGGAUCCCCACCCAGCCCUGACCAUAGCAGGUGCCCUCCAGCCAGAAUUCCCUUGUGCUUCCAGCAAAGACAGAGCCCUUCCUGGCCACCUGCCUGCUGUGGCCCUGCUCAGUCCUGCCAGCCCCAGAGACGCUAGGCCAGCUGGAGGGGACAGGAUGGUGGAACCCACAGCAGCAGGGGCUGCGGACCACAUUCCAGGGGUGGAGGAAGGCGCAGAGGAGGCCCCCCGAGUCACCAUGACCGUGUGCAGCUCUGAGGACGAGGCAGAGAGUACUGUCCCAGCCUCUGAGAGAGAGCCCCUCUUUGCCACCCAGAGGAGGUGGCUACCCAAGCCUCAGCAGGAGGCUGAGCCCCAUGUUACUCCAGCCAUUCCAGCUGUGCAGGCUGUGCAGAGCACACAGCCUGGCAUCGAGUCUCCACAGAUAACCGUGCAGCUCCCUGUUGUCCUCAAGAUGCCACAGCGCAGCACACUGAGCCCCGAGGCCUGGUGUCCUCAGGUGUCACAGGGAGAGGCUGUAAUGGGAAGGGGAGCCCCUGGCCCUGUGGCAGGGGACAGGAGGGAUACCCCAGCCCCAGAAAGGCUGAGCAGACCAGGCCAGGUGCCAGAGAGGCCCCUGUCCUCAGAGCCUGGACCCCAGAGAGCCCUGAGAGAUGCUGCUGGCAUGGAACACAACACCCCACAGCCGGUCCUGACACCAAAGUCCCCAAGUUCUACUGGGAAGGGGAACUGCUGCAGCCACCCUGAGCCUUCAGGACCCACCACCUCUGUGUACAGCAGUGAGACGCACACGUUGCCAGUAUCAAAUGAAACGAAGAUGCUGAGUAAGGCCCCCUCAUCCCAUCACCCCCCAGUGUGGAAAAGCUGUCCAUUAGGGAGCUCCCAUGCUCCCCCUGGCCCUGCCCCUGCCUAUGUACCAGGGCUGGGUCCCCAGGAGACAGAUUCCUUGCUGGCAGCAUCCCAGGAUUGCAGACAGCCUGAGAGUUCUACCUCCAUGGACCAGAGUAUCCCCUGUGGGCAAGAAAAGUCCUCAGGGCUCCUGACAGAGCCACUUCUGCCCCUGGGGGUGGUCCCAGAAAACCCUAGCCAUGACUUGGGCAAAAACAGACCAUCCUGGCUAGGAGACCAGCCUGAGACAGGCAUCUCACCCUCCAGGGAGACAACAGCUGCAGGGAAGGUCACGGAUCCCACAGCUCCACUGGCAGGUCCCCAGAAAACACCACAGGUAGACACCCAGACAGCACCACUGUUGCUAGGUGCCCACACAGCACCACAGUUGCCAGGCACCCAGACAGCACCACAGUUGUUAGAUGCUCAGAUAGCUCCACGGGCUGCCACCCAGACAGCACCACAGGCUGACUCCCAGACAGCACCACAGUUGCUAGGCACCCAGACAGACCCACAGUUGCUAGGUGCCCAGACAUUGCCACAGGCUGAUACCCAGACAGCACCACAGUUGCUAGGCACCCAAACAGCAACACAGGCUGAUGCACAGGCAGUGCCACAGUUGCCAGGCACCCACACAGCACCACAGGCUGAUGAACAGGCAGCGCCACAGUUGCCAGGCACCCACACAGCAACACAGGCUGAUACACAGGCAGCGCCAGAGUUGCCAGGCACCCACACAGCACCACAGGCUGAUGCCCAGACAGCGCCACAGUUGCCAGGCACCCACACAGCACCACAGGCUGAUGCCCAGACAGCGCCACAGUUGCCAGGCACCCACAUAGCACCACAGGCUGAUGCCCAGACAGCACCACAGUUGCUAGGCACCCAGACAUUGCCACAGGCUGAUGUCCAGACAGCACCACAGUUGCCAGGCACCCAGACAGCACCACAGUUUCUAGGUGCCCAGACAUUGCCACAGGCUGAUGCCCAAACAGCCCCACAGUUGCUAGGUGCCCAGACAUUGCCACAGGCUGACGCCCAGACAGCCCCACAGUUGCCAGGCACCCAGAUAGCACCACAGUUGCUAGGUGCCCAGACAGCACCACAGGCUGAUGCCCAGACAGCACCACAGUUGCUAGGCACCCAGAUAGCACCACGGGCUGAUGCCCAGGUUUUGGAAAAUGAAACAGCAGAACUGGCUGCUUUGGAUGAGGAAGCAGGCAGAACACUGUCUGCAUGUCCCUGUGCCACUGCAGAAGAGGGUCUCCCCCAUGAACCAGCACCGAAUGGACCCUCAAUGCGCAGGAUAGGAACCACAGAAGGAGACAUUCUGGGCUGGGCCCAGCACCAGGCCCUCACCAUGCAUCCAGGGGACGCAGCUAAGCCUUCCCUCAGCCCUGUGGUGUCCCGACUGUGUGCUCCAAGCUACUUGAAAGCGAGUGGCCCUAGUGCAUCUGCAGAGAACAUCCGUCCCGUGGGAGUGGAUGCUCUGUGCAACAGUAUGACGCCCCAGAGUUCCCAGGGCUGUGGCCUGGGCCGGCCAAGGUGGCCCUCCCCAGAGCCACAGGCACAGGGCAGAAGGGGCUUCCAGCCCAACCCACAGCCGCCUCCUCCUGGCAAGGUGUGUCCCUCUGCGCAUCCCACAGAUCAGACCCACGUGGUGGAAGCCCCGCCUACCCGGCAAGCCCCGGAGCUCCCUGCCCCUGGCCAGCAGGCAGAGCCCAGGGCUGUCCCCAAGGUGAAGAGCUCAGGCCCAGCCCCAGCAGGCAUGGGGCCACCAGAGGGUCACUGUGGGCCCGUGUGCUCACAGCAGACAGGACGGCAGGACAGUCCUCAAAAGAUGGCACGUGUGGGCCCAGAGGUGGGGGAGUUUGAGCCAGAGACUUGGGCAGCUCUAGACCUGGCAGAGAGCAAAGCCAGCAAGAAGCCAGCAACAAGGGGAAAGCCGGGCACUUCCAGAGCCCUAGACCAGGAGCAUAUGCAGGGGCCCAGUGUCAGGUGGGUGGGCAGCCCAGCCCAGAGAGAUGGCACACAGGCUGCAGGGAGCCCAGCUGCACAGGACCAGGGCUGGGCCAGGGGGACUGUGUCCCAGGCCAGGGACCAGCCUGGCCGUGUGGCCAAGGAAGCACCCACUGCUGGCGCCAGCAGGGACCCCUCAACACCAGCGCCCAGCAUUGGGAGCCAGGGCAGCCCAAGUACCAGGCGGCCCACCCAAGGGGACAAGAGCACUUCAGACUGUCACCCACAGCCAGCAGACGGCUCUGCCCUGCCCGCACCUGAUGUGGGAAGCCACCAGGUCCCCAAGGUCCUGGCCCAGGCAGGGUCCCCAGUCACCCCAGGGGCAGAGAGGGAGCAGUCAGAGUGUGAGCAGCGCAGGAGGCUGGUGCAGCUCGCCAAAUAUAAAGCCCAGAGCUUCAGUGACCAGAGAGCCUUCGACCUGUCCUUCAGGCCCAUGGUCCUCCAGGCCAGCCACACCUUCGAGGCCCCUAAGUGAGAGCCAGUUGGGACCCCCUGUACCUGGUCAGCAUGGGGUGGAUGUUCCCCGCCUCCAGGGGCUCCUGGAAGAGAUGUCAGUGCUCAUCUUCACCUCUCCCUUCCUCCCCCGCCUGGGCUGGCCUUGGGCUGACCGGAGCAGUGCAUCCCAUGUGGUGCUGUGUGGGUUCUUCAGCCUCUUGGGAUGAGGAAGGGGCCUGGCCAGGUCUGCUGUCUGUUCAUGGCCCUUUCCUGCCCCAGGUCCCGGAGGGCACAGCUCAGCGCACGGCCACCCUCUCUGCAUCCUUGUGCACUCUGGGGCCUCUGCUCCCCAACCCCC